UUAAUAAAACAAUGGGGAGUAAUAUGUCAAAAUACGAAAAUGAGAGACUCAUUUGACACAUUCCUUAUAAACGUAGCUAAGUUAUUUGGUCCACACUUCACAGAGCAACGCAAAAACGCCGUCGUUACGCCGGGGAAGAAAGUAAUAUUUGACGAUGGGUGGACUACCGCUAGAGAAUACAUCCUCAACAAUAUCCUUGUCGAAAGUACCAAAAGAUCAGAAAGCCGCGUCUACGAUGCCUGAUUCAAAGCCAAAAAAGAAGAUUUGCUGCGCUUGCCCCGAAACUAAGAAGCUGAGGGAUGAAUGCAUUGUGGAGCAUGGUGAACCCGCGUGUGAGAAAUGGAUAGAAGCUCAUCGUAAAUGCCUUCGAGCUGAAGGCUUCAAAGUCUAAAUGGGUGAAUAGAAGCAGACCUCUAUAUGGACAAAGGAAGAUACAUUUUUUUUUCUAAUGCCCAGUUUGUUUUUGGGACCAUACAAGCUCAAUUAGCUAGAUGUUUACAGAUCAUUUAUACAAAAGAAUUUGUUCAUCAGAAUACAGGAAUAAAGCUAGGGAAUUGAAUAAUGGAUUUGCUGGGGGCAGGAAAUGCAAGAUAAGUUUUCUUCA